CCCCGCCGCCUACCCCGACCCAACGGAGGAAGAGGCGUAGCCCCCGCUGCCGCCUUUCAGUUCCGGCCUCCCCGCGCAGCCGCAGCCCGAGCCGCCGGGCCGGAGCGCUGGCCGGAGGCCCGCCGCGCUGCCAUGGCGCCGAGGCGGUGCCGGGGCCUGGCUGCGGCGGGGUCCCUGCUGCCGCUGCUCUGCGCCCUGCUCCGCGCCGCCGCCGACACCAGCACGGGCCGAGGUUGGUUAAAAACUUAUGGCUACUUGCUACCAUCUGACAGCCAAAUGUCCGCCUUGCAGGCGGGAAAAGCUGUGCAGUCUGCAGUGGCCACUAUGCAACAAUUCUAUGGGAUCCCAGUAACAGGAGUUUUGGACCAGACAACUCUUGAGUGGAUGAAGAAGCCGCGAUGUGGAGUUCCAGAUCAUCCGCACCUAGGCCAUAGCCGGAGGAAAAAGCGUUACGCGCUAACUGGACAAAAAUGGAGGCAGAAACAUAUAACCUACAGCGUACACAACUAUACCCCCAAGGUUGGAGAGCUUGAUACAAGGAGAGCCAUUCGUCAGGCAUUUGAUGUUUGGCAGAGAGUGACACCACUUACCUUUGAAGAGGUCCCUUACCAUGAAAUUAAAAAUGACAGGAAGGAGGCAGAUAUUAUGAUAUUUUUUGCUUCUGGUUUCCAUGGAGACAGUUCUCCGUUUGAUGGAGAAGGUGGAUUCCUAGCUCAUGCAUACUUUCCUGGACCAGGAAUAGGAGGAGAUACUCACUUUGAUUCAGAUGAGCCGUGGACCCUGGGAAAUUCUAAUCACGAUGGGAAUGAUCUCUUCCUGGUUGCAGUCCAUGAGCUGGGACAUGCACUGGGUCUGGAACACUCCAAUGAUCCCAGUGCUAUCAUGGCUCCUUUCUACCAGUACAUGGAAACACACAACUUCAAACUGCCCCAGGAUGACCUCCAAGGAAUUCAGAAAAUCUAUGGUCCUCCUGUUGAGCCCUUGGAGCCAACCAGGCCUUUACCAACUCUUCCUGUUCGCAGAAUUCACUCCACUUCGGAAAGAAAACACGAGAGACAGCCACGACCUCCUAGUCCUCCUCUAGGUGACAGGCCAUCUCCUCCUGGCAUGAAACCGAACAUCUGUGAUGGCAACUUUAACACUGUGGCUCUCUUUAGAGGAGAAAUGUUUGUUUUCAAGGAUCGCUGGUUCUGGCGUCUGCGCAACAACCGGGUGCAGGAAGGAUAUCCCAUGCAAAUUGAGCAGUUCUGGAAAGGUCUUCCCGCAAAGAUUGAUGCAGCCUACGAGAGGUCUGAUGGAAAAUUUGUUUUCUUCAAAGGAGAUAAAUACUGGGUUUUUAAAGAAGUGACAGCAGAGCCAGGAUACCCACACAGUUUGGUGGAGCUGGGUAACUGUCUGCCCCGGGAAGGCAUUGACACGGCUUUGCGCUGGGAGCCUGUAGGCAAAACCUACUUCUUCAAAGGAGACAGGUAUUGGAGAUACAACGAGGACAAGAGAGCAACGGACCCAGGAUACCCAAAGCCCAUCACUGUGUGGAGAGGAAUCCCUCAGGCACCACAGGGAGCUUUUAUCAGCAAAGAAGGCUUUUAUACCUACUUCUACAAAGGGAAGGAGUAUUGGAAGUUCGAUAACCAGAGGCUGAGUGUGGAGCCAGGCUAUCCCCGGUCAAUCCUCAAAGACUGGAUGGGCUGUAACCAGAAGGAUGUUGAAAGAAGCAAAGACAGGCGCCUCCCUCACGAUGAUGUGGAUAUUAUGGUGACAAUAAACGAUGUGCCUAGCACUGUAAAUGCAAUUGCAGUUGUGAUCCCUUGCAUUUUGUCUCUGUGUAUCCUUGUCUUGGUGUACACAAUCUUCCAGUUUAAAAACAAAGAGGUGCAGCAAAACGUUGUGUAUUACAAAAGACCUGUCCAGGAAUGGGUAUGACACAGUCAGCUGCACAUUUCAACUCAUUGAUCUGAUGAGGAUAUGGACAAAGAAAAAAAAAAAAAAAGCAUUAAAAAGCCUACCAAACAAAACUACUUCAGUGACUUACAAGUUUUGGACAUCCUGGGACUGAAAGAAGCAGAAGAACUGGAAAAAUGCAGGCAGCCUUGCAAUGUGGAGCCUCAUUCCUUCUAACUGCCUCAGUCGUGUCAGUCUUGGCGUGCCAUUCUCCACAGGCUCACUCUGCAAACAUCAGAGACUUGAGACCUCAAGACAGAUUUUCUUCAAACGUUUCAACUGACCUGGGAAACUUCCUUCAGUUCCCUGCAUCAGUGCUCCCUGUUAAACCCAGCAUUCUCCAGUGUAGCUAAACCACCUCUGAACAGAACCAUUUUUUUAAUAGCUAUCUCAUAAAUGAAUUAAGAUCAUGGAAUCUAUGAACAGGAACAAUUCAGUACUGUAAGAAGACAUUCUGAUGCUGAGCCAUUCUAAAAGAUCUUCUUUGUUUAUUACAAAAAACAGGGAAUUACCUGGAAACAAUUUUCCAAUACCUGCUGGUCAGAUGUUUUGUACAUUCAUAACUAAUCGAUGCUGCCACUCAGCACAGUGCAUGAGGAACCAUUAAGUACUCCAAGAGGUAAACGAGUGCAGAGCAGAAGCUCAAGAAGCACCAAAACAGACACCAUAAUUUUACUUGGCGAUACCAAGUCCCAGAUUGGGACAAUCUAAAGACAAAAAGUAAUCAAGUCUUAAAAAAAAAGGGGGGGAAUAUGCUUUUGUUUUGGGAGCCAUUAAUGAAAUAUUUAGGUGUCAUAUGAUGCUGUUUUAAGCUCCCAUCAGCCAGAAACAAUGAACCAAUAGUUACCAGUAUAACGAAAAAUGUACAGACGUAGACUGCACUCUGCCCCUGUUAAGAUGCUGGGAAAAGAUGAAUUGUUGUUAUGUGGCAUGUGUAACUAGACCGUGGAAUUUGUAUGUUGGGUUUCAGGAAAAUGGAAAUGUUUUUUUUGGAGUGAGAUCGUCAGUAUAUUUUGCUGAAAUAGUCAAGAUACAGUAAGAAUUAGGCCUGUUUAUAAAACUAAAUCCAAUCCCUGUAGAUGUUACAAACAUCGUAUGCCUUUGAAAUU